UGCGGGAACAAGCUCCCGGCCACCGCCUCGAAGCCCGAGGAGUGCAACAGCGAGUGCAGGGGGGAGAAGGGCUCCGUCUGCGGCGGGGGAAUCUCUGUCUACAGGGUGGAGGAGCUGCGGGCAGGAGCCAGGCGACGGAGGAAUGUUAUCUAUCGAGGAUGUUUUAGAGCUCCAGAAAAUUUAACAGACACCUUUCCAGCCUCUUUGAUACAGCCCAAUUUGACGGUGGAGAUGUGCUCUGAAUUUUGCUCCAAGAAAGAGUUUCCCCUGGCAGUCAUCCGAGGGCGGGAGUGCCACUGCGGCUACCCCACCAGGCAGUUCUCGCUGCACGACGGCGCAGACGGGCUGCUCUGCAGCGGGAUGCACAACGCCACCGAAGGAAAAUACUGCCUGGUCUACCAGACACCGGUGCAAGACACCCGCUGCACAGACAGGAAAUUCUUAACCACCAAAUCCAACGUGUUCGUCGCUUUGUCGAGCUUUCCUGGGGCUGGGAAUACGUGGGCUCGCCAUUUGAUAGAGCACGCCACGGGAUACUACACGGGAAGCUAUUACUUUGAUGGAGCCCUCUACAACAAAGGUUUUAAAGGAGAAAAAGACCACUGGAGAAGCAGAAGGACCAUCUGUGUGAAGACCCAUGAAAGUGGCAAGACGGAGAUAGAAAUGUUCGACUCGGCGAUCCUGUUGAUAAGGAACCCCUACAAGUCACUGAUGGCGGAGUUCAACAGGAAAUAUGCCGGGCACCUGGGCUACGCCACCGACCGCAACUGGAAGAGCAAAGAGUGGCCGGAUUUUGUGAACAGCUACGCCUCAUGGUGGGCAUCCCAUGUGCUGGACUGGCUGAAGUACGGGAAGCGCCUGCUCGUCAUCCACUAUGAGGACCUGAAGCAGAGCCUCCUCCCCAAGCUGAAGGAGAUGGUGGAGUUCCUGAACAUGACGGUGACAGAGGACCGACUACUCUGCGUGGAGAACAACAGGGACGGGAAUUUCAAGCGGUCUGGUGCUAAGCAAAAGGAUUUUGAGCCAUUCACCCAGGAAAUGAAAGAUCUAAUCAACAAAUACAUCCUGACAGUGGAUGAAGCCCUGAAGGGAAAAAACUUCACAGGGCUGCCCAGAGAGUAUGUGCCAAGAUGACAGCCUGGUAACACUCUGCUGUGUUUAAAAAUAAAAUAUUUUUUUCUAAAAAAAAAAAAAAAACCAACCCAAAA